AUGAAGUUUCUCCAGCUCGCCUCUACCGUCGCCGUUGCAGCCUUGUCCGCCUCGAGCGUGUCGGCAAGCCCACUCAAGAACGAAGCUCUGAAAUAUCCUGGCGUUCAGCGAUCCAUCGACGUCAGCGCUGCAAAGCGUCAGGCGCUCAGCAGCAACACUGCACCAACCUCGCCGCUCACCGACUACCAGCAGUACAGCUACCCUGCGCAGCUCUCGCAGGCGGCGUACUGUCGCUUGCCUGUCGGCACUACUGUUGGUGAUGCUCAGCUACUGUGGACCGCCGGUGAUGGCGAAGCGACGCCCAUGGUCUAUGUCGCAUACUCGCCGACGAAAGGUGUGAUUGUGUCGCACCAAGGCACCAACACAUCAUCCUUCCAGUCCCUUCUCAACGACCUGGACGCGGUGCAGGACCCUGUCGAUUCUAGACUGGCGUACCUCGGCAACGUCAAGGUACACGGUGGUUUCCAGGACACCUGGCUGCGCACUGCCGAUGCUGUGCUGCAACAGGUGCAGUCGGCGAUCGCCACUUAUAACGCCUCUAGUGUCUUGACCGUGGGUCACUCUCUGGGCGCUUCCAUCUCGCUGCUCGAUGCGCUGUAUCUCAAGCACCAGCUGCCGUCGAGCUCGGUCCGCUCCGUCGUCUUUGGCCAGCCCCGAACGGGUGACCCAAGCUUUGCCAGCGCUGUCGACAGCAACCUGGCCGGCUUUGUCCACAUCGUCAAUGGUCGCGAUCCCAUUCCCCAUGUCCCCACCGCCGUUGAUUACAGACACUCGUCGGGCGAGAUCUGGAUCAACCCGGCCAACACCAACGUGGCCGUCACCUGCCCCGGUCAGGAGAACCAGAACUGCAUGAACUCGGUGCUGCCAGCGCAGUACGACGCCAACGACCACACGGGCACCUACUUUGACGUCCACAUUGCUGGUCGCGGCGAGAACUGCCCUCCUGUCAUCAAUUCGAGCUAG